AUGUUCGACCACUUCAUUCUCCGUCACAUCCCUCCUCUGCUCCUCGCCACAACCAUAACUCUAGGCGGCACCGCGCCUCUCUGGAACCCCGAGAACGCCAUCCGAACAUUCGGUUUUCCUCGAAGUAUCGCUGUUUCUAAGCCUGCCCAUCCCGUUAUGGUGUGUGGCUCGGCCCGCGUCACGGUCAUCGGCAUUGCGCUGUGGGGUUUGUAUUUGGGCAAUCACUUUGAGGCUAUGGAUAUUGUGAUUGCUUCGUUGGGAUAUCUGGCUAUUGUGGAUGGGUAUGUUUGUUGGAAAGAUGGUGUUCCAGGAAGUGUGGCUUUUCGAGCCGGUAGUGCUGGGCUUAUUUCUCUUUGGGAUACUAAACCUACUUACCGGUAUUUAUCAAUCGAAAGCCGACGCACAGCAAGCCAACCAGGAAGCCAGCCAGCCAUCGACAUGUCUCAGAACAACUAUAAAGAUAUCAUUGUCACGAUUAAGAACCGGAUUGGCAUUAUCAAAUUUAAUCGUCCCCAAGCUCUAAACUCCUUUGGAGGCAAUCUAAUUCCAGAAACAAUCGCUGCUCUCCGAGAACUAAAUGAGCAUCCCGAUACUGUAUUUACGGUUUUGACUGGCGUAGGAAGAUUCUUUUGCGCGGGUGCAGAUGUGAGACAGGACGGUGGAUUAUCUGGCGAGACAAAAUAUGCCAAUGCCGCCGAGACAAAACUUGCAUACCUUUCCAAAUUUACUGUUGGUCUCGAGAUCAUGCGUUCGAUGAUCGAUCACACCAAAGUUUUAAUUCUCGCUCUAAAUGGGCCAGCCAUAGGAGCCGGUGCGGCAUGGUUCCCAGGCGUUGCCGACAUUGUCCUCGCGUCCACUUCAACGUAUCUCCAAAUUCCAUUUUCGGCACUGGGGCUUGUGCCCGAAUGUGGUUCUGCUGUCUCAUUCACCCAAUCAAUGGGUGUUCAUCGCGCCAAUGAGUUUCUUAUGUUUGGAAGAAAGCUUGAUGCGGAUGAGAUACUGUCGUUUGGGAUUGCUAAUCAGGUAUUUGAGAAAGAAGGGUUUGAGGGGAAGGUAAUUGAGUAUCUAGAGGGGAUGUUGAAGAUUAAUGAUGGGAAGAGUAUGAUGGAGACGAAGCGAUUGCAAAAUUUGCCAUUGAGAGAUUCGAGGAUAUUGGCUGUGUAUAAUUCGAUUGAUGCGUUGGCUGAGAGAUUUGUUGACGGUACGCCCUUUGAAAGAUUUGAGGCCAAGAGAAAGGAAAUGGAAGCAAAAUCUAAAAGUCGAACUUCAAAGAUUUAG